AUGUUCAAAUUUGCUGUUGUCAUCUUUGCCAUUAUUGCCUGCGCUAGUGCUAAGCCUGGCCUGAUUGGUGCUCCUUUGGCUUACACAGCUCCUGCUGCUGUUGUCGCUGCUGCUCCAGCUCCUUUUGUCACAGCCACCAGUAGUCAAGUGAUUGCUCGCAACUAUAAUGGCAUUGCUACUGCUCCAGUUGUUGCUCCUGUUGCCGCUCCUGUUGUGGCAAAAACUUUUGCCGCUCCCGUUGCUACCGCUUUCGCAGCUCCCGUUGCCGCUGCCUAUAACGCCCCCUUGGCUUACAGCGCUCCAUUAGCAUAUUCUGCCCCCUUAGCUUAUGCUGGAGCCCAUGCUCCUCUUUUACUUUAA